AUGUCGGACUCUUCUGUCACGGGACCUAAUUCCCCCCCAAUAAAAAAAGGCCUUGCAAUCGAUGAAUCCAUAAAACAAAGAAAUGCAUUUGCCAUUUACCCCUUGCCAUCACAUCAGAACCAGCAAACCGCAAACCAUUCACGCACCCACCCUACCGUCCCCCCUUGGUCCAAAACUCCCACAUCUCCGUCUCCCGCCUUCUCCCCAAACACCUCUCGCACUUCUUUUCCGAGUGUGAUUGACUCGGUAUAUUCUCGUAAUUGCGAAGCGGGGUGA